AGAUAAUCCAAAAAGUGAAGCAGAUUCCUCCUGAAGACAAAGAACCUUUCAGGCCUCCCAUCUAUGACGUGCAAUGCCAAGAUUAUGUUGUCAAUACAAUGAAAGAUUCUUGGCAUGAAAAACCUGAGAAUCGUCCAGACUUUCAUACCAUUAAAGCAAGACUUCGAAAAAUGCGAGAAGGAAUGAAAUCAAAUAUUAUGGAUCAUAUGAUGGCAAUGAUGGAGAAAUAUGCAUACAACUUAGAGGAACUUGUGGAUGAACGCACAGUCGCUUUAGUGGAAGAGAAGAAGAAAACCGAAGCUUUACUUCACAGGAUGCUUCCCAAGUACGUUCAGUUUUCUUUAAUGACGGCUUUUGCUGAGUUAUCUGUUAGCUAUGGUGUUAAUAAUUAUCCUAAAGUUUAUGUUUUUAAUAUAUCAUCAAUUUGA